GAAGCUUGAAAAAGGCGAACGGCUGACAAAGGGAGCAAUUACAUAAAAAUUAAAAGAAAACCAUACUGAAAUGGAUUUGGGGGAUCCCGCUUUGAAACCUAUCAAAGUUCUGGGGGCUGGCACCUUUGGGCGGGUAUUCCUUUGCAAAUAUCGCAACACUCAGAAAGUGUGUGUGAAGCGUAUAAUUGUUUUAAAUCCAAAAGCUGAAAUGAACAUGAUCAUGGAGGAGGUUUACAUCAUGUCACAAUUACGCCAUCCCAAUAUCAUACAAUUCAUUGGUUCCUUUGUUCAUGCCGGUACUGUUAAUAUCAUUAUGGAUUAUGCACCCAAUGGUACCCUUAACGAUCUUAUUUUUCAAGCACGACCCAAGGGUCUGGCACACAAUGACAUUAUGCGUUACUUUUGUGACACGCUUAUGGGUUUGGAGUAUCUCCAUAUACGCCAUGUCAUCCACCGUGACUUGAAACCGGCAAAUUUGCUGGUGGACGCCAAUGGCAACUUGAAAAUUGCCGACUUUGGCAUUUCAUCGGUUCAUGGAUCUAGAAAUUGUAAUGCCAAAGCUCUGGGCACCCCUUACUACACACCGCCCGAGGUAUUGCGUGGCGAAAGAUACGAUUACAAAUCAGACAUUUGGUCCUUGGGCUGCAUUUUAUAUGAAAUGUGUUUGGGUCAUUGUCCAUUUUCACAGGCUGCUACCUUGGACGAACUGCGCUAUUUAAUACGUGUUCUGACACGACAGAAAAUGGAUUGCAGCAAUUUACGCAAAACCCAUCAGCCACUAUGGGCUAAUCUAUGUGAACGAAUGAUUGUAAGCAAACUGCAACUGCGCAUUUCGUUGCCGGAAAUUAUAUGUUUGGAACCAACUUUGACUAUAGCUUAUUACCAUAAGUACUUUGACUAUAAAUAUUAAUGUCAAUAGAAUAGAUCCUUGUAAAAGGAGCAUAAUAAGUUUUUCCGUAUUUGUUUGAGAUAAGUAGAAAUGUAUUAAUUAUUUCUUUAAUGCUAAUAUAUGUGGUAUUUAAUUUGUGUGCGUUUUAAA